UAUUGUGUUGUACAAUAAUUGUCUUAGACAUGACACAUACAUAAUAAUCACAAAAUUCAUGUUAAGUCUAAUGCAUUGGAUUGUUACAGCAAUUUCUUGUGCUCAAAGAAAUUGAAGAGAUAAAAUAAGCAUACCCUUGAUCAAUUCUUAUUAUCAGAUAUAUCAUCAUUGGAGAAACUUGUAUGAUUUAACAUUGGUACAAUAUUCAUUGACUCAAAAAAAAAAUCACUAUGAGUCUCAUUCAUGGAAUUUUUAUCCUAUGGAUAACAAUGAUUCUUUUCAUCCAUAAUGUGGAAGGAAGGUACCAUCACAAGAAACCAAAGAAAACUUCCCCUGCACCUAGUGACCCUUCACCACCAUCUCCUAGUUUUCCCUCUGAUCCAUAUCCAUAUCCAAAUGAUCCUGGAGAAUCUCCUUCUAACUGCGUUUUCGAUGUAAGAUCAUUCGGAGCAGUUGGAGACGGUGAUGCUGAUGAUACAGCCGCAUUUAGAGCAGCAUGGAAAGCAGCUUGUGCAGUUGAUUCAGGAGUUCUUUUAGCUCCUGAAAAUUACUGUUUUAAAAUCACUUCUACUAUCUUUUCAGGUCCAUGCAAACCAGGACUAGUUUUUCAAAUUGAUGGUACUUUGAUGGCACCAGAUGGACCAAAUUGUUGGCCAGAGGCAGACAGUAAAAGCCAAUGGCUUGUGUUUUAUAGACUUGAUCAAAUGACUCUAAAUGGGACUGGAAUUAUUGAAGGCAAUGGAGAACAAUGGUGGGAUCUUCCUUGCAAACCUCAUAGGAGUCCAGAUGGAAAAACUGUAUCAGGACCAUGUGUUAGCCCUACAAUGAUAAGGUUCUUCAUGAGCUCAAAUUUGGUGUUAAGAGGGUUGAAAAUACAAAAUAGUCCUCAAUUCCAUGUGAAAUUUGAUGGUUGUCAAGGAGUAUUAAUUGAUGAAUUGUCCAUUUCUGCACCUAAACUUAGUCCCAAUACUGAUGGAAUCCACUUAGGAAACACAAGGGAUGUUGGAAUAUAUAAUUCCUUGAUAAGCAAUGGUGAUGAUUGCAUUUCAAUUGGUCCUGGUUGUUCAAAUGUAAAUGUGGAUGGUGUUACUUGUGCUCCUACCCACGGAAUUAGCAUUGGAAGCCUUGGAGUACACAACUCUCAUGCAUGUGUCUCAAACCUAACAGUCCGAAACUCAAUCAUAAAAGAAUCAGACAAUGGACUAAGAAUCAAAACAUGGCAAGGUGGUACAGGAUCAGUAACAGGUUUAACAUUUGACAACAUCCAAAUGGAGAAUGUAAGAAACUGUAUCAACAUAGACCAAUUCUACUGUUUAUCAAAAGAGUGUAUGAACCAAACAUCAGCAGUAUAUGUAAACAAUAUCUCCUACAGAAAAAUAAAGGGUACAUAUGAUGUGAGAACACCUCCUAUACAUUUUGCUUGUAGUGACACUGUUGCUUGCACAAACAUAACACUCUCUGAGAUUGAACUUUUGCCUUAUGAAGGUGAAUUAGUUGAUGACCCUUUUUGUUGGAAUGCUUAUGGAAGACAAGAGACUUUGACUAUUCCUCCACUUGAUUGUUUAAGGGAAGGUCAGCCUGAAACUGUUGUGGAGUUAUCUGAAUAUGAAUGCAAUAAUUAAGGGAAUUUGAUCGAAAGGUCACGAGUUCAAGUCAUGGAAACAGCUUCUUAUUAAAAAACAGGGUAAGACUGUGUACAAUACACCAAAUAGUGAGACUCCUUCCUAGACUAUACGUAUGCGAGAGUUUUAGUGUAUCGGAUUGCCCUUAAUUAAGACAGCAUUGCUUUAAAUUGUGGUUGCUAAUAUAGGGAAGGUAUAUCUUAUAGUACUACAUGUAUAGAGACAUUAUAAUUUAUUGUGUUAGUGGGAAUUGUUGUAUUGUGUAUGUUACUUAGGAUUUCGUCCCUAUUGGGGGUAUUAUUAGUCCCGUAUUGUGUGAUGAUUUAUAAGAUAUAGAUAAGUCUAUUUUUUGGGACUUAUAUUGUAAUAGCUUGAUUGGAUUUUUAUAUAUAUCAGGUUUCAAUUAUCAA